AAAGUGGAAAGGUUCGUCACUACGGUGCGUCGGAAGGAUGGGGUGUGACGUCAACAAUAAGCGUCACAGUCUAUUUUUUUCUAUAAACACCGUAAGUGAACUCGAUAAUGAGUGCCUGAAGUCAACAUAUUUAUAAAGCGCAUUUAAUAAGUCUGAAUGCCACAGUCGCGCAGUUAUUGUUGAGUGGACGUAACGACGUCGCAGAGCAGCGAAGCUCGUUAACAAUGAAGGAUACAGCGACGUGAGUCAUUCCGCGGCCUGAUUGUACAUCGAUCACACGAACCGCCUUCAGGAACAUUUUGUGCAGUGAUAGGAGUCUUCUAAUUCAACAACCCGCAACAUCUGCAGAGUAUAGAUGUGAUGGUCUGGUAGUCCAUGGUGUAUCCCACCCUCACCCAUGUCUGCUGCAAUUCUGAAAAGGAUUAGGAACUAAAAAUGAAUGCAUCAAUCCAAAUGGAUGGCACAUUUUCUCUGUCAUUCUGCAGCUAGUGUGCCUGUGCUGGACCGCUAUCCCAGUGUGCUAACCAUGGCUUCCUGCAAAGUGGACAAGCAAAACAUUGAUACCAAGGAUACUGUGACGGUCUCUGACUUACUUUUGAGAUGCAGUCAUGAUGACAUAACGGAAGAGCUGUAUUCAAACCCUUUGGACAGCACAGUGAAAGCUCAAAAAUCUGAAAAAUUUAAAAGGACGGCUCUGACAUUUUUUGGAGUACGCAAAAGCUUUUGCUUGUUACCCAAUUUUUUCGGAGGACGGAAUAAAAAUCAGAGUAAAGGUUCUAAAAAAGGAAUAACUAAAUGUAAAACAUACGAUGGACUUAGUAAAAUUGGUCAUGAUGACGGUCUGUGCCAGUCUAUGUCAGCAGAAGACACCGAAAGCCACAGCCAAAAAAAUUCUUUUGGACAGGUUCAGCAAAUCUGUAACUGUGAAUGUAGUCACCCCAAUGCUGACCAGAAAUCACUUACUCUGGGUCGACAAAAGAAAGGUUUGCGAGGUUUCUUUCACAGUUUUAGGCAUCACAGAAACCAUCGAAAUUUUGGAACAGAUAAAACCAAAGUCAUAGCGGUGUCCCCUCCCCACAGCUGCUACAAAGAAUUGCCCAGUAUGUCAUAUGAAUGUAAUGAGAAUGUUGCAGUUUGCCUGGCUCCUAAACCUCAUGUGCCUGACUUUGAAGAUGUCAAAUGUAAUGUUGCUCAAGCUGAAUGUAGGGAUGCUGAAACUGUGGCCUUAGAGAAGAAUAUAGAGCAAGAAAAUUCAAGAUCUGCGCUGGAUGGCCAAACAAGAGCUGCAAGCAUAAUGCCUAUAGUGUCUAGAGGUAAUAAGGAGAUGUCAAGAGGACACAGUCAGCCAAAUCUCACAGUUCAGACAAUUUCGGAACCCGUCUUGAAAUCAGAGGUUCCUUCUGAGUCUGCUGAUCAGCUUAACCUAAUUUUUGGCGAGGUGUCUUCAUUGAAGAGCUUUGACUCCCUUACUGGAUGUGGAGACAUUAUUGCUGAUCAAGAAGAUGACACGGUCCCAGAGAGCACUGUCGCUGGAGAGAGGAGCAGAAAUGGAGGAAAAAGGGCGUCAUGCUAUCUGACUUAUCAGGGUGGUGGUGAGGAAAUGGCUUUACCUGAAGAUUUGGACUGUCUCCCCAAUAUGUGGGAAAAUGAUGCGAUAGAAGAAAUGUGCUGUUCUUGCAGUGAAGACCACCUCAAUGCAACUGUUGAGCUGAAAUGUUCACAUGGCUUAAUGAAAAGUGUACAACAGAGCAGUGGUAUGGACAAGUCAUUAAUUGCUGAUAUGUUAACACCUCAAAGUGAGCAUCAGGAAUCGGCUCCAAAUAGUGACGAAGGCUACUAUGAUUCAACGACUCCAGGGCCUGAUGAGGUUCAAGAAAAACCAGAGGGACUUAGAACAGACACUUUGCCCCGAGACAGUUAUAGCGGUGAUGCCCUAUAUGAGCUAUUUGCACCUGAUGAGAGUCUUGUUAGUCCACAAUAUGAAAAUAAAACAAACCUUCCUGGUUUGCAACCAUUAGUGUUUUCAAGUAAACCACCCAAUGCAACAGAUCCUGAAAUGAAACAUAUACAAAUAGGUGGUGAACUCUAUGGAGUUCACAAGUUUUUAGAUGGCACUAAAUCGCCAAAGUUGGUUCCAAAUGUUGUUAGUCGGCAGGAAAUUGGGUUCAACACUAACUGUAAUAUACAUUCAUCAUCACAAAAGCCUUGCAAUAUCAACAGUGAGGGAUUAUGUAUGUUUGAUGAAAAAGAAAGUUUUCUUGAUUCUGUUGAAAAAAGAACUGGUUCCUACAAUGUUAACUAUGGUAGACAUGCCAACUUGGCAUUUGUAAACCCAGAAUGUGGUCCUGACUUUGAAACAUUUUACCAAACAAAAAAACAACACAAUGAAGAAGACAAGCCUCACAGUUCACGGUAUAGCAGUGUCAGUUCUCACUCCUCCGAUUGCAACAAUGAUUUGGAUGAUGGGCAAACAGUGUCUUUCUCACAGGCACUAGUGGACUACACCAAACAUUCUCAGAUGCUGAGCAACUUGCAAAAUAAUGUUGAUGACUUGGAGACUAAUACUGACUUCUCUCCGACCGUGGAGGCUUUACCUCCCAUAGUAACAUUUGAUGUCGUGGACAUGCAUAAUGAAGGUGAAUAUGACAAGCACAUUCACAUGGAACUAGAAGAGGACAUCUCGUCCCCCUAUCAGGAAUUGGAGGAAAGUUACCUUCAAAAAGAUCAAUUUGCUGAAUUUGACUAUGAGGCUUUAGACUUGUAUGAACAGAAUUUAAUCAGUAAUGCAUGGGCAGCUGCUAGUCUCCCACGACACCUGGGCCUUACAAGGGGCAGCCAAGUGUCUCUGGAUAGAAGAAGUAGAUCUCUGGACAGAGAGAGGCUUGACCUGAACAUGCCUGCCACAUGUAAAAACAAGAGCAAUGCUAUUGUGUUCUCUUCUAAUUCUCAAAGAGACUCCUUGUCACAUCAAGGUGAUUCACAUGUGUUUGGGUCAGAUAAUAAAGACUGCAAUAACAUCAAGGCCUUAUCCCUGAAAGCGAUGUCAGAAAAGGCCUUAAGCCAUCAUUUGACAGAAGAAGGAAGUGCUCAAAACUUACAACCUGUUAGCCACCCUCAUAUAAAACAUAACACAUAUUCAAAUCUGUCCACCAGUGACUUUGAUGGUAAACUGCAUUAUCUCUGCUCUAAUGCUUUAGACCUCUUGCCCUGUGAUGAUGUAUCCAAAAGUAGAGAGAUUUCCAACAGACAACUUGCUCUGUCUAAUUGUUCGUUGCCUCAUGGCAACUUUGUUUAUCGUGAAAUAGUUGCAGACGGACCAGCGGAUAUUGAUGAUAAUCUUUAUAGCCCUGUCACAAACUUUCAGACCUAAAGCCUGUGUGGUUAAAAAGUGGUGAAUUGGUUUGGGAUGUGUCAUAGUAGGUCGCCCAAUAAAGUAGGACUGUCUAAAGAUGUUUCAAGUGUCCAUGAUGAAACUGAAACAGUAGGGGAUGUGGUACGUCCAACAAACUCCACAUCUUAAAAGCAUCAUGAGACUAAAAUGUUUUUGUUGAUGGUGUUGUGGUAGAACAAAGUGUCCUCAUUCUCAUAGGCUACUUCACAUCUGAUUAUACUCUCUGAAUAUUCCCAGGUUGCGAAACCUCGAGAUACUGACAUAGAUUGCUGUGUCUGCUUUUUAAAAUUGUUGUUUUUCAUCUUUUGGAAAAUUUUUUUAGAAAAUUGCAGUUUUAGAAUAUUAAACAAUUACAUUAUUUUCAAAGUCAGCAUAAUGUAUAUUGUGAUUUUUUUUUCUUUUUGUGUAAAAGCAUUGUUCCCCGUAAGAGAGAAUUUUUUUUUUUUAUUGUCAUGCCAUUUUAUUUUAGUGAAAGUUUUAUUGGAAUGUAAAUUGUUGUUCUUUUCACAUCUAGAUUUGAAAUGAUCAGAAAAAUUUGCUAGUCCCGUUUUCAUAGAACAGCGGGGCAUCUCCUAACAUGUGCAAUAUGAAUGUGCAUUAAAUGCCAGUCAAGCCUAUGUUAUUGUUACAUUUUCAUGGCCUCUCUGAUCACUCAGAUUUAUUUUAGUAGGAGGGAAUCAUUAUAUUCCUGACAUCAUUAAAGAAAUUAUUUUUUCAUUUAUUCAUGGGUGUAUACUGUAAAGUACUGCUGCAGAUUCAAUGCCACCUGUAUACGAGGAGCCAGUUUUAGGCAGUUACUCUUAAAAUCAUGACUAGUGUGGGCACAGAAGUGGAAACAAAUGACUUGCAGAAUGAAAGCUACAUCUUUCUAAUCAUAUGUUUGUCUUUUUAUCUUUCAACAGGAGAUAAAAGUUUGUGUCACUUUAUAAACAUUUGAACGAUGUCCAUCAAGAAUAUAGGAUUUCUUGAUUUUCUGUUGCCUCAGUAUAAAGUUGACUUUAAAGAAAUCCUGACAUCUUUGUGAAAUGUCAAAUGUCAAAGUGGGAAAUUGCAUUGAUUUGAAAUGGUGUAUAAAAUAAGCUGGUAUUUUCUCACAUGAUUUUGUUACAAAUGCAAUGUAUCAUCUCAAGUUACAUUUGCUUAUGUGCAAAAUUUAAAUGUGUUUAUAUAUUUUCACUUUUUUACAGUAUAACGACUCAAUCAGGAUAGAAAUGGCAAAUUGACAAUAUCUGUUAUUUGACUUGUUUUUACAGUGUGAGAUUUUCAUUGUUACACAUAAGAUUCUCAUGGAUAAUCUUAGUUUUGAAGAUAGAACACUGCCUUGCUCUUAAAUAAAAAAAACCCAUUACAAUUCAAA